CUAUGGUGAUGAAAGGCAGAACAGAUUUCACAGCCGGGGUAAAAUACGGUGGAAAUAAUAGAGAAGACUGGACGGAAUCGAGGUACAGCGACUCUGGUGGAAAGGGCUAGACACUCGCCUCUCACGCUGAUGAAAGAUUAUUAAGACAAAAUGAUGAAAAAGAACUGGAUCUUGUUGUUUGUUGCGGGUUUCGCAUCAGCUCUUGGUCCACCACCACAUCGAACAGAGGAAGGUUCACUUCGGAGUGCUUUGAAUGCGGUUACCAGAAAACAACGAUCUUUAGAAUCCAGUCCUGAUGAAUAUUACAACGAUCUACAUUCCCUCAAAUUCUACGGCACUCGAGACCGUGAACGCGAUGACGACUUGGAAUUCUUACCAUUUGAAAAUGGUCAACUAGAGACAAUCGGUGAGGGUAUUCAAAAAACUCCACCAAAUGCUCAUUGGACAGAUGAAAAACCUGAAGGAAAUCUUAACAGUAAACUGUUCGACAAGAUGUUGCUGGAUUACUUAGGAAGUGAAGUUGGUCAGGGAGAACCAGCACCAUCCGCGUUUAGGGAACGAGAUCGAAGCGGAAGUCAAAAAAGGGGCGGAAACAAUGCUCGACCAAGUAUCGACGACAAACAAUUAGCAAAGUUAUUUUUACAAGAAUUACAGGAUGAGCCGUCCACGCAUACAGCAGAAGCUGAUGACGAAGUGGACUUGAACAUCUUCCGGGAUUGGUAUAACGAUAAGCACAAUGUUGAACCUGAAAGUAAAGCUGAAGGGUACGACUUCCUAAAUACACCGAUGUCUUGGGGUGGAACUUUCAGUAAACAAGAUUCCAAGAAUCAGGAUCGAAACCUUGUAUAUGUGCUACCUGCAGAGCGCAGAAAUGUAAACGGCAGGUACCCAUUAGGACGAGAAUACAAGGAAUACAGAGAGUUAAGGAAACGUUAUCCAGUUGCUAAGAGGAGCCCCAAACCAAUGCAGCAAAAAAGACAAGUAACAGAUCCGAAGGUGGCACAGGAUCUGGGGAAUUUAUUUGGCCAAAAAACUAAACGCCAUCACGACCACACACGUGAGCAUGAUCAUUCUCACUCUCAUGACCACGAUCACAAACACGAACAAACAUCGGAGGCGCCCAACACUACGACCCACUCAAAGGUUCAAGAUAAGAAAGUAAGCGAACAAGAUAGGCCGAGAGAACAUCCAAUUGAAAUCAAGAAGAAAAGUGUCGAUUGGUCCCAGUAUUUUGGAAUCGAUCGUAGGAAGAAGAAGGCAAAUUUAUUAGCUAGACCUGGUACACAGGACCAAGAUGACGAAUGGCUACUACAACUAUAUUACAAGACAAUGGCAGAGAAUUUGAAACCAUCAGAACGCGUUGCCAAUAGAGAUAGCAGUGAAAAAAGAAACAUGCUGCAACAAAUAGAUUCGAGACUGAAAAAUCUUGAGGAUCUAAUAAUCGAAGAGCCGUUACGAUACACAGGCUCGAGAGAUGCCCUCGAUAUCCAGAAGGUCAAAGAUAAUAUCAUGGCUCGAGCAGCGGCGUCUUAUUCUUUGGAAAAAAUGAGACGGACGCUGAGCGAAUUUCAAAAUAAUGUAGCCGGACAAAAACAAACUCAAAAAGUGACUUCUCCACAGAAUAAUCUCACCACCGGGUUGCCCGACAAUACGAACGACGACAAACGCGGCGGUAACAACGAAACCAGUGACGAAGGUACCGACGAUGACGCAGGUUGUCCUGAUAUCGAAAUUGUCGAGAGAAGAUGCAAGGCAGUUGAUAUGUGGGUGGGAAAUAGGGCGCAAAUUUUCUAUCCACUUUGUAUCAUGCAUCAAAUCUGCCGCGCCUGUGUUCAAGAGGAGAAGGACGAUCGAUCGUGCGAUAAGCUAUUUUCUUCGGCGUCUAGGGCAUGUGAAGGUCACGUCGGCUGUAUAAGGGCAGCACACGUUGCCCGCACAACAUUAUCACAGUUGCAACCACUCGCUGGGACACCCGGUUUGUGUCUUUGCGAAUUGCAGGCUCAGAUGAGAAAGUAAUCACUGAGUGAUAAUAACCAUGGCGAGGCUUUCCUAUGAUUUGAAACGACUUUCGUAUGAUGUUCGAUUUAAAAUAACUGUUAAAAGACAUUCCAUA